GGAGACGGAACUACGGAGACUUCUAUGCUCCGGAAGUCUGGGCCCAGCAGCCGGGUCGGCUAAUCCUGGAGCAUCUCCAGGAUAAUUUAGGAGCGGCCAAUGGCUGUCGAUAUUCAACCAGCAUGCCUUGGACUUUACUGUGGGAAGACCCUGUUAUUUAAAAAUGGCUCAACGGAAAUAUAUGGAGAAUGUGGGGUGUGUCCAAGAGGACAGAGAACAAACGCACAGAAGUACUGUCAGCCGUGCACAGAGUCCCCAGAACUUUAUGAUUGGCUCUAUCUUGGAUUCAUGGCUAUGCUUCCUCUGGUUUUACAUUGGUUCUUCAUUGAAUGGUACUCAGGGAAAAAGAGCUCCAGUGCACUUUUCCAACACAUUACUGCAUUAUUUGAAUGCAGUGUGGCAGCUAUUAUCACCUUGCUUGUGAGUGAUCCAGUCGGUGUUCUUUAUAUCCGUUCAUGUCGAGUAUUGAUGCUUUCUGAUUGGUACACAAUGCUUUACAACCCAAGUCCAGAUUACGUGACCACAGUGCACUGUACUCACGAAGCUGUCUACCCACUCUACACCAUUGUGUUUAUCUAUUAUGCCUUCUGCUUGGUAUUGAUGAUGCUGCUCCGACCUCUGCUGGUAAAGAAGAUUGCCUGUGGGCUAGGGAAGUCUGAUCGAUUUAAAAGUAUUUAUGCGGCACUUUACUUCUUCCCAAUUUUGACCGUGCUCCAGGCAGUCGGCGGAGGCCUGUUAUAUUACGCCUUCCCGUACAUUAUACUAGUGUUGUCUUUGGUCACUCUCGCUGUGUACAUGUCGGCCUCCGAAAUAGAGAACUGCUAUGAUCUCCUGGUCAGGAAGAAAAGACUCAUCGUUCUCUUCAGCCACUGGCUACUUCAUGCUUAUGGAAUAAUUUCCAUUUCCAGAGUGGACAAACUCGAACAGGAUUUACCCCUUUUGGCUUUGGUGCCCACGCCAGCCCUUUUUUACUUGUUCACUGCAAAAUUUACUGAACCUUCACGGAUACUCUCAGAAGGAGCCAAUGGACACUGAAUAUAAAAUGCCAAAAAACCCUAAGAAGUAUUCUUAAUAAAAAAGUACAGAAAUAAAAAAUAUGUAUUAGUAUUCUUCUGCAAUACAUGGAAAUAAGACUGUCAGUAUAUCUUAAUGUUUUUGGUUGGUUGGUUUGGUUUUGCUUUUGACUUGAGACUUGACGGUUAGACCCGGAAAACACAGACCACACUGUCCCACAGUGGAACACACCAGACCCUCACAACACACCGUUCCGUGGCACUGGGAGCCUCAGGAAGCACUUGACUCGCAAAGAUUUAAGUUACUGUUCAGAGUAAAAUCAUGUUCCUGUUCCAUGUCUGUGUACCUGCCAGUAUGCUGCUUCUGUUUUUAAGGAAAACUUCAACAAGUGUAAUCUGAAACCUUCACCCCGGUUGUGCAUGCCCGUUGUGUUUCAGCUGGUUUUCAAAUGUAGUGAAUUACAAAGACACACACCUGUGGGGUCUGGUAGCGAACAUAGAAAUAAAGUAUGUCAAUCUUACCUAUUUAUUUUGACCAACACAGUAUUUUGAUCUAUUACAAAAAUAGACCUCAAUUUAUAUAACAGGUUUUCUGUUUAUGGGUAGUUUGCUUGAAGUUAUCUUCGGGUUAUUCCUGUUUGUGUAAAGAAAAACA